GGAUCGGAUCGAAGCGGACAUUCUGCAGUCAGUGUCGGAGGGCUCUGCCGGUGUGGAUGGUAUCGAGUUGGACGGACUUUUUCACCGGGUUAUUCUGCAGCGUCGCCGGGAUGGAGUUAUGAUGGGAUGGAUGUGAAUAUGGGCCGAUGGGAAGGCAUGCGAGCCCCUCUUCUCCACCUGGCCUUGCUGCUGCUGUUGCUAUUCUUAAAGUCACCACACUGCUGUGGUCAGAAUACCCAUGGGGCCCCUCAGGAUGGAUCUCACUUCAGCUUCACUCAGCCUGUCUACCAUGCCACAAUUUAUGAAAACUCAGCAGCGCGCACCUAUGCCAACAGUAAAAUUAAAAUGGGCAUCCACCUUGCCCAGCACUUCUGGGAGAUCCGCUACAGAAUCACCUCAGGCGAUGAUGAAGGUUUCUUCAAGGCAGAGGAGUAUGUGCUUGGAGACUUCUGUUUCUUACGCAUAAGGACUAAAGGCGGUAAUGCAGCCAUCUUGAACCGAGAGAUCCAGGAUAAUUAUGUAUUGACAGUGAAAGCUUCAGUCAAGGGAGAGGCUCUUCUUGAGACCUGGACUAAAGUCAGUAUACAGGUUUUGGAUAUGAAUGACCUCCGGCCCUUGUUCUCUCCCACCACAUACUCCGUCACCAUAGCAGAGAGCACCCCUCUCAGGACUAGCAUAGCACAAGUUACUGCCACAGAUGCAGAUAUUGGUUCCAAUGGAGAGUUUUACUAUUUUUUCAAGGAAAAAAUUGAACUGUUUGCUGUACACCCAACUAGUGGAGUGGUUACUCUCAGUGGAAAGCUUAAUGUUGAUGAGCAGAACCGGUAUGACUUAGAAAUUCUGGCAGUGGACCGUGGCAUGAAGCUUUAUGGAAAUAAUGGUAUCAGCAGCACAGCCAAACUUUUUGUCCAUGUAGAGCGUAUGAAUGAGCAUGCCCCAAUCAUGAAUAUCCUCACCCACAGCCCCUCAUGGCUGGAUAAAAACCUUGUGUAUGCAAUGGUUACUGUUGAGGACUUAGAUGAAGGCUUAAAUGGAGAAAUAGAUUCUGUGGUCAUUGUGCAUGGAGACCCCUCAGAGCAGUUUUUUGUCGAAAGAACUAGCGAAGGUGAGUUUGCCAUUAAAGCCUUGGAGUCAGUUAAUCAGAAUUACCCUUAUGGCUGUAACCUUACCUUGCAGGCUAAAGACAGGGGCACCCCACAGAAGUUCUCUGCUGUUAAAGUCAUCCACAUCAAGGUUGAUAAACGUCAGACGUCGGAUGCUAAAUUCAUGCAAGAGUUGUAUGAUGUCAGCUUAAAUGAAAUUUCACCACCAGGUACACUUGUAGUGGCUGUUAAAAUCACACCAGAGCCUGAUGAUGCGGAAUAUAUUCUAACUCCUUCUGCAGAUUCAUCUUUUUUUCAAAUGAAUACCCUAACAGGUGUAAUUUCUACCACUCGCUGGUUCACUCAGGUGUUCCAGGAUGUCUUUAAUCUUGAAGUAUUGGAAAUAGAUAGCAAUCUCAAAGUUAAAGUGAGGGUAACCAUUGAGGAUGCCAAUGAUCACACACCAACAUUUGUUCAGUCCUCUUAUGAGGUAUUUGUUAAUGAAAGUGUACCAAUUGCAACCAGUGUAUUAACAGUUUCUGCAAUUGAUGAAGAUAAAGGUGAAAAUGGAUACAUAACUUACAGCAUUUCCAGUCUUCAGCCAUUUCCCUUUCAAAUCAAUCAAUUUUCUGGUGUUAUCAGCACCAUUGAAGAGCUGGAUUUUGAAUCCUCAUCAGAAAGCUUUACAUUUGUAGUCAGAGCAUCUGACUGGGGCUCUCCUUACAGACGAGAAAGUGAAGUAAAUGUAACAAUCCAUCUGGAAAAUGUAAACGAUAAUCAGCCAUUGUUUGAGAAGGUAGCAUGCCAGGGGAUUAUUCCUGAGGAUUUUCCAGUAGAUGAAGUGAUUACUACAAUGUCUGCAAUUGAUAUAGAUGAAUUAGAGCUAGUGAAAUAUAAGAUCAUUUCAGGAAAUGAGCAGGGGUACUUUGACCUUAACCCAGAUUCAGGGGUCCUUGCACUGCAUCAUUCCCUUGCAACAGCCAAUCCAAAGAAUGGUAUCUUUAAUUUAAAAAUAACUGCCACAGAUGGUGAGAGCUUUUCUGAUCCUAUGUUUGUUAAUAUCUCGGUUGUUCAUGGGAAGUCUUCCAAACGCUUCACUUGUAAAGAAACAAAAGUGGCCCAAAAAUUAGCUGAAAAGUUAUUAAAAAAAUCCAAAGCUAGCAAUAAACCUAAAAUUGAUGGAGGUUUUAUUGACCUUUUUUCUGUGAAUCGGCAAACACCCCAGUUUGACAAAACGUUCCCCACAGAUAUUGCUGUGCGAGAAGAUCUUCCGGUAGGCUCAAGUGUUUUCAAAGUGAAUGCCUAUGAUGGGGACACAGGUUUCAAUGGUCAAAUUCUAUACUCUAUAUCAGAUGGAAAUAUUGACAACUGUUUUACCAUUGACAUACAGACUGGACUUAUCAGUGUGUUCCUACCCAUGGACAGAGAAAAGAGAGAUCGCUAUCUCCUCAACAUAACUCUCUAUGACCUUGGCCUUCCACAGAACAGUGCCUGGCGGUUGCUUACUGUCUAUAUAGAAGAUGCAAAUGAUAAUGCACCCCAGUUUUUGCAAGAAGGAGGCUUUAGAAUUGUCAUACCUGAAAACACUGCGAUAGGUACAGACGUCAUCCAGGUUGAGGCCACUGACAAAGAUCUUGGACCUAAUGGGGAGAUUGUAUACUCUCUUUUGACAAGCACCACUCAGUUUGGUAUCAACUCCACUAAUGGGAUAUUGUAUGUUGCUGGCCAACUAGAUAGGGAGUAUGUCUCUACUUUUAACCUGAAAAUUGAAGCUCGGGACAAAGCGGAAAAAGGGAGCCAGAGGUUUUCUGUGACCACAUUAAAAGUCAUUUUGGAGGAUGUAAAUGACUGUCCCCCACUAUUUAUCCCUACUGUGUACAGAGCCAGGGUUCUGGAGGAUCUCCCGGUAGGAACAGUUGUAGCCUGGUUAGAAACUCUGGAUCCAGAUUUGGGGUUGGGAGGCCAAGUCCGGUAUUCCCUAGCCAAUGACUACAAUGGAUGGUUUGAGAUAGACAGGACAAAUGGAGCUAUUCGACUCACAAAGGAGUUGGACUAUGAGACACAGCAGUUCUACAACCUUACUGUGAAGGCCAAAGACAAAGGACGGCCUGUUUCUCUUCUUUCUGUAACCUUCGUGGAGGUGGAGGUUGUAGAUGUGAAUGAAAACCUUUUUGCUCCAUACUUUUCUGAUUUUGCUUUGACUGGAUUAGUAAAAGAAAAUGCCCGGAUAGGAACCACUCUACUCCAGGUCACAGCUAAUGAUGACGAUGCUGGCAGAGAUGGAGAAAUUCAGUACUCCAUUCGAGAUGGAAGUGGGCUUGGACGAUUUGCCAUAGAUGAAGAGACAGGUGUGAUCUACACCACUGAUAUGUUGGAUCGAGAGAGCAAGGACUCCUAUUGGCUAACAGUUUAUGCCAGUGACCACGGUGUGGUUCCCCAGUUCACCAGUAUUGAUAUAUUCAUCCAGGUGGAGGAUGUUAAUGACAACGCCCCGCUGACAUCCGAACCGCUGUACCGAACCUCAGUGCCUGAGAAUUCUCCACGGGAUGUUUCUGUGAUCCAGAUCCAGGCCCAAGAUCCUGAUGCCACACCUCCCACUAUGGCUGAUAGGCUCAACUACCGCAUUGUUAGUGGAAACCCACAGAAUUUCUUCACCAUCAAUGCCCGCACCGGUCUGAUCACCACAACCUCCCGGAAACUGGACCGCGAACAACAAACAGAACACAUUUUAGAGGUGUUGGUGACAGAUGGUGGUCCUAGUCCCAAGCAAAGUACUGUUUGGGUGAUAGUUCAGGUCUUGGAUGAAAACGACAACAAGCCCAUAUUUCCUGAGAAGGUCUACCAGGUCAAACUUCCAGAGAGAGAGCGUAGAAAGAAGGGAGAACCGAUCUAUCGGGUGUUCGCCUACGACCGUGAUGAUGGGCCCAACAGCGACCUGUCCUACAGCAUUGUGGAUGGCAAUGAGGAUGGGAAGUUCUUCAUUGACCCCAAGACAGCAGUGGUAUCAUCACGCAAAGCCUUCACAGCUGGGAGCUACGACAUCCUAACUAUCAAAGCAACAGACAAUGGGCGCCCUCAGAAAUCCUCAACGGCCCGCCUACAUAUUGAGUGGAUCCGCCGACCACCCGCCUCCACUGCACCACUGAUAUUUGAUGAACCAUUCUACAAUUUCACUGUCAUGGAGAACGACAAGGUGGCUGAGAUUGUGGGUGUGGUAUCCCUGCAGCAAAGCUCCACCAAUUUGUGGUUUGACAUCACAGGUGGGAACAGUGACAGUGUUUUUGAUGUAGAGAAGAUUGUGGGCACCAUCAUCAUUGCCAAACCUCUUGAUGCUGAACAGUGCUCCUUCUACAACAUGACAGUACAGGCCACAGAUGGCACCAACACUGCAUAUACACAGAUUCACAUUACUGUUAUGGACAACAAUGACAAUGCUCCCAUCUUCUUCCAACCAACCUAUGAUGUUAGUUCUGAAGAUACACCACCUGACACUGAAGUGGUCCAGGUUCUGGCAUCUGACCGUGAUGAGCAUCAUUGGUUGACCUACUCUCUGCAGAGCGCCAUAGACCCAAACAGCAUGCGUCUUUUCCGCAUACAUCCCACCCAGGGCACCAUCUACACUACUCAGAGGCUUGACCAUGAGGCUUGUGCACGGCACAUUCUCACUGUCAUUGUGAAGGAUCAGGAGUUCCCAUACAGAAAAGAUCUGGCCCGUGUAUUAUUAGAAGUGGAAGAUGUAAAUGACCACGUGCCCAUUUUUACCAGUGCUCUGUAUGAAGGCUCAGUCUAUGAGUCAGCAGCAGUGGGAUCAGCUGUAGUCCAGGUUACUGCCCUAGACAAAGACAAAGGGGAGAAUGCAGAGCUACACUACUCUAUUGAAGCAGGGAACAGUGGAAAUGCAUUUCAUAUUGAGCCAGUUUUGGGUCUCAUCACUGUUGCACAUGACCUGGACUUAUCCAGCAUAGGUCAUUAUGUUCUCACCAUCAGAGUAACUGACAAUGGCUCCCCUCCACUUUCCACAACCACAGUAGUGCGGAUUGCUGUCACUCUAUCUGAUAAUGCUGGCCCAAAGUUCCCUCAGCCUGAGUACCAGACUGAGAUCAUGGAAAAUGCAAUGGUUGGGACCUCUGUCACUACAGUCAGUGCUGUCAGCCAGUCUACCCUCACUUAUGACAUCAAACAGGGCAACACAGACCACGUUUUUCAGAUAAAUCAAUAUAGUGGAGUGAUUACUACUCAAAAGUCUUUAGACUAUGAGACUACAGCAUCUUACACACUGAUAGUCCAGGCUGUUAACAUGGCUGGCAUGGCCUCCAAUGCUACUCUGUUAAUCCAGGUAGUGGAUGAGAAUGACAACCAACCGGUGUUCCAGGAGCUUCACUAUCAUGGCAGUAUUAGUGAGGCAGCGCCAUUUAACAGUGUAGUCUUAAACUCAGAUGGUUCCCCACUAGUAAUAAAAGCCACUGAUGCUGACCGUAACCAAAAUGCACUGUUGAUAUACCAGAUUGUGGAGGACUCUGCAAAAAUGUUCUUCACCAUGGACUCAGGAACUGGCUCCAUCAGAACCAUUGCUAAUUUAGACCAUGAGACCUUUACUACCUUCCACUUCCAUGUACAUGUGAGAGACACUGGAAGACCACAGUUGACAGCAGACAGUCCAACAGAGGUCACAAUACAAGUGAUUGACACAAAUGAUUCCCCACCUCGCUUCAACCAGAAUGCUUAUGAAACAGUCCUGCUCCUCCCCACAUAUGUUGGAGUUGAAGCUCUGCAGGUUUCAGCCACAGACCCUGACAAAGAUAUCCCCACAGAGCUCACAUACUCUCUGACUGCUGGAGUACUGGAGCACUUUGCCAUCAAACCUUCAAGUGGGAUUAUCAUAGUUAAAAACAAUAACUUCUCCAAAGAGCGUUUCUCCUUCAGCGUCAAAGUUUCAGAUGGUAAAUUCUCCAGCAUGGCUUUGGUGACUAUACUUGUCAGAGAAGCUCUAGACUCUGGUCUCAGCUUCACCCAAAGUAUUUACUCUUCAUCUAUUAAAGAGAAUAUAUUGAAUAUCACCAAGGUAGCUGUGGUCAAUGCUAUUGGAAAUCGUCUAAAUGAACCACUAAAGUACAACUUGUUGAAUGCUGGUACACAUUUCAAAAUUCGCCCAACAUCUGGAGUCAUUGAGACAACAGGUUUAGCCUUUGACCGUGAAGAGCAAGAGUUCUAUGAACUGGUGGUUGAGGCCAAAAGGGAGCACGACCCUCUGCAUGUGGCUAGAGUUGUGGUUAGAGUCCAAGUUGAGGACAUAAAUGAUAAUGCCCCUGUGUUUGUUGGACUUCCUUAUUAUGCAGCUGUUCAAGUAGAAGCCGAACCAGGAUCACCCAUUUUCAGGGUCAUGGCGAUAGAUGGUGACAAAGGAAUUAAUGGAGAAGUGUCUUACUAUCUCAAGGAUGACCAUGGUCACUUUGAAAUCAACAGGCAGACAGGUAGUCUCAGCCUCAAGAAGUCUUUUGAGUCUGAUUUGUCCAAUGUGGAAUACCGAAUGGUGAUAUAUGCCAGAGAUGGUGGUUAUCCACCCCUCUCAUCUACAAUAGAGUUCUCCAUCACUGUAGUCAACAAAGCCAUGCCUGUUUUUGCUAAAUCAUUUUAUUCUGUUGCUGUGAAUGAGGAUGUGGCUGUGCACACACCUAUUCUUGGCAUCAAUGCAACUAGUCCUGAAGGUCAAAGCAUCAUCUACACAAUUGUUGAUGGAGAUCCUUCUCUACAGUUUGACAUUGGUUUUGAUACUGGAGUCAUAAGUGUCAUCCACUCUUUGGACUUUGAAGCAACAUCAUCUUACCACCUGACUGUUAGAGCCACUGACUAUCUGACUGGUGCCCAUGCUGAGGUUGAUGUGGAUGUGUUUGUCCAGGAUGUUAACGAUAACCCACCAGUCUUCCAGAAAAUGACCUACAGGGUAGUUCUUUCAGAAACAGCCAUGAUCGGAACGCCAGCACUUCAAGUUAUUGCCACAGACAAAGACUCUGAGAAAAACAAUGUUGUCCGCUAUCAGAUCUUCUCAGAUGUAUAUAAUAGUACAGACUACUUUCAUAUUGACAGUAGCAGUGGAUUAAUCCUGACAGCACGAAUGCUAGACCACGAACUGCUCCAAAAGUAUGACUUUAUUGUCAGGGCCACUGAUAAUGGUUUCCCACCACUGAGUAGUGAAGUGUCAGUGACAGUCAUGUUAAAUGACAUGAAUGACAAUCCUCCAGUUUUCAACCAGCUGCUCUAUGAGGCAUAUGUGAAUGAGUUAGCACCAAGGGGUCACUUUAUAACCUGUGUCCAGGCAUCAGAUGCAGACAACUCUGAUUUUGACAAACUGGAGUACAAUUUAUCAGGAAAUGAAAGAAGGAAUUUUGCAAUGGACAAAAAGACAGGAAUAAUCACACUGUCCAGCCACCGUAAGCAAAGAAUGGAGCCUGCCUACACUCUCAAUGUUUCAGUGUCUGAUGGGGUAUUCACCAGCACUGCGCAGGUUCAUGUAAAAGUAUGGGGGGCAAACCUGCACAGUCCAGUGUUUGGACAGAAUAUGUAUGAGGGGGAGUUAAGAGAGAAUGCUGCUGUGGGAACCAAAGUUAUACAGGUCAAGGCAACAGAUGCAGACCCGGGAGAGUUUGGGCUCAUAACUUAUUCCUUUGUGAAUGAUGUGGGCAAAGACAAGUUUAGCAUUGAUGCAAAUGGUCAGAUCUGCACAACAGAAAAGCUUGAUCGUGAGGAUCCAGCUAACAAAGAUAUCAUUCUCACAGUUGCAGCCCAGGAUUUAGGUGGACGUGUCUCUUACUGUACAGUACAAGUUACUCUGCUGGAUGACAAUGAUAAUGCACCUCGUUUCCAUGCCACAGAGUACCGAGCUUCAGUGAAAUCUGAUGUGGCUCAAGGUUUUUUGGUGACACAGAUUCAGGCCCAUGAUCCUGAUCAUGGCAUUAAUGCCAAAGUGACAUAUUCACUUUAUAGUGAGGCACAUGUACCAGUGGUAGACAUUUUGGAGAUAGACCCAGACAAUGGUUGGAUGGUGACUAAAGGCAGUUUCAGUCACUUGAGGAACUCUGUAUUAUCUUUUUUUGUAAAGGCUGUUGAUGGAGGAAAUCCAGUCAGACACUCUCUAGUGUCCGUCUACAUCCAUGUUCUCUCUCCAGAGGCUUUUAUUCCAUCCUUUAGCCAACAUCAUUAUUUAUUUAGCAUGCCAGAGAACACUCCUAUAGGUUCAGUCAUAGGAACAGUGCACCUCAACACUCCUUUUGAAUUUACCUCGCUCUCUUGUACCUUUGCCCUGGUUAAUGGAGAAACUGGCGAAAACAACCAAGAUAGGGUGUUUGUGGUGGAAAAGCAUACUGGAGUGAUCAAACUUGAUAAGCCCUUGGACCAUGAGGUUAUUAGAGAAUACUACUUCAAAGUCAUUGCCACAGUACAACAAGCUAAGCUGGAUUCAGUGAGUUCUAUUGAAGUGGAAGUCAAAGUACUGGAUUUGAAUGACAACAAACCAGUCUUUGAGGCCAACUCAUAUGAGGCCACAGUAAUGGAAGGAAUGUCAGUUGGAACCAAAAUCAUUCAAGUUAAAGCAACAGACCCAGAUUCUGGAGCAAAUGGCCAGGUAACAUAUAGACUUGGUUCAUUAAUCCAGUCAAAGUGGGAUUCAGACACACUGGUCAGCACAUUUAGCAUUGACAGCAACACUGGUUGGAUCACUACACGCAAAGACCUGGACCAUGAAACCAGCCCAUCCUACACUUUUACAGUAGUGGCCUCAGAUCUUGGGGAGGCCCUGUCUCUUUCCAGUACUGUCACUGUCACAGUGGCAGUGUCAGACAUCAACGACAACCCUCCCAGAUUCAUGGAGACCUACUACUUUGGUUCUGUUCAGGAGAGUGACCCACCAGGCGAGGUUGUGGCUGUGCUGAACACUAGAGAUGAUGACAGCUCUCCCUUCAACCGACAAGUCAGCUAUCACAUCACUGGUGGGAACUAUCGUGGUGUAUUUGCCCUGGGUUUGGUCCAGGGUGAGUGGAAGAUGUAUGUGAAGGGCCCAUUGGACAGGGAAGAAUGUAACCUCUACAACAUCAACAUCACUGCUAGCGAUGGACUCUUCGUUUCCCAGGCAAUGGUGGAGGUGAUAGUAAUAGACACCAAUGACAACAGCCCCAUCUGUGACAAGGCUGUCUAUUCUGCCUACAUUCCAGAGGACCUCCCAGUAAAUAGUGUGUUGCUGAGGGUUGGAGCUACAGAUGCUGAUAUGGGUAUCAGUGCUUGGAUACAGUACUCCCUACAUGGUCCUGGAUCCCAGGACUUCAGCAUUGACCCAGACAGUGGUGAGAUUAAGUCAUCUGUGCCACUGGACCGUGAGAUGACACCCAGUUAUCGUCUGGUUGCCCAGGCUACUGAUGGUGGUGGGCGGUGGUGCCAUGCUGUGGUGUAUCUGACAAUAACUGAUGUGAAUGACAAUCCACCUAUUUUCACCCAGUCUCAGUACACCACCAGCGUCUACGAAGACACAGUCACCAAAGCCCUGCUUACCCGUAUCCAGGCCAUAGACCCUGAUGAAGCAGGUCCAGGACGUAUGGUGGUCUACUCGCUGGCUGACUCUGCAGGAGGAUUUUUCUCCAUCGACAAAUACUCAGGCAUCGUGGUCCUGGAACGAGUUCUCGACCGUGAAAUCCAGCCAUUUUAUCAGAUAACGGUUUGUGCAUCGGAUCAGGGCUCACCACAGCCCCUCUACUCAUUGGUCAAUGCCACAAUCACUGUGUUGGACGUCAAUGACAAUCCACCUGUGUUUGAGCGGCGUGAUCAGCUGGCAUCUGUGCCAGAGGAUGUAGGAGUAGGUACUGAGGUUCUGAGAGUUUAUGCUGCCAGUAAGGACAUCGGGACCAAUGCCGAAAUCACUUACAGUAUCCGAUCAGGGAAUGAGCAUGGGAAGUUCCACAUUCAUCCACUGACUGGUGCCAUUUUAGUUGCCCAGCCUCUGGACUACGAGACCUGCAGGGACUACUUCCUGACAGUAGAGGCUCGUGAUGGUGGCACACCCCCUUUGAGUGCCAUUACUACAGUGAACAUAGACCUAACAGAUGUAAAUGACAAUGCACCCGUGUUUAGCCGCAACAUCUACACUGCAGUGGUGUCAGAGGAUGCCGCUGUUGGCGAGUCUGUUGUUCAGCUGGAAGCAGAUGAUAUGGACAGUCAGAUGAAUGGAGCCAUCCUUUAUUCCAUUGUCAGUGGAGACAGAGAGAACCAGUUCUUCAUUGACCCACUCAGUGGAGUCAUCAAAGUCAACAAACAACUGGACCGUGAGACAGUUCCCAGCUACUCACUGGUCAUAAGAGCUCUAGAUAGUGGAGCCCCUCCCAUGUCCUCCACUGUGAUGGUAAACAUAGACAUCUCUGACAUCAAUGAUAAUCCACCCACCUUUUCACCAGCCAACCUCUCUGCUGUCAUACAGGAGAACAAGCCAAUUGGUACCAAUAUCUUGCAGUUGUCAGUCAUUGAUCAGGAUUCCUCCCACAAUGGCCAACCCUUCGACUUCCGUAUCCUAUCAGGAAAUGAGGGGAGGGAGUUUGUGUUGGAAAAAGAUGGGACACUGGUGGCCAAUCAAGUAUUCAGAAGAGACCUGGCACCAGAAUAUGUAAUUCAGAUACAGGUGACAGACUCUGGGAAGCCUCCUCUGUCCUCCUCCUCCAUGCUCACAAUCAGGGUGAUUGAGGAGAGCCUCCAUCGGCCAGUGGCAUUACCACUAGACGUUCAUAUUAUUACUAUGGAGGAUGAGUUUCCUGGUGGUGUGAUUGGGCAGCUGCAUGCUACUGAUGCUGACCCUUAUGAUGUGUUGACCUUUGGUCAUGCUCCUUCAGCUCAGCGUAGUCUCUUUAAGAUUAGCCCUCAUGAUGGAAAGAUCAUUGCCCUGGGUGGCUUAGAUGCAGGAAGGUACUUUCUCAAUGCCAGUGUCAGUGAUGGUCGCUUCGCUGUGCCUGUACCUGUAAGCGUGCAUGUGGAGCAGGCAACACCUGAGAUGUUGCGUGAAGCAGUGACAGUGCGUUUUGAAAGUGUGAUGCCACAAGACUUUGUAGCAUUGUACCUGAAAAGUGUGUUGAAAGUGCUCCAGCAGGCUUCUGCUUCUCAACAGCAGGACUCACUGCACUUGCUAAGUCUGCAGCCAGUUGGAGGGACACAACAGCUGGAUAUGCUCAUCACUGUGGAAACAGCAGGGGGCGGAUACUACAAGGCAGCAUACCUCACUCAGAAACUAAGCACAUCACGGCGGAAGCUGGAGGAGGUGCUCCGAGUGUCAGCUAUCUUAGAUAAGAACUGUUCUGGAUUAGAGUGUCGUGGGGCUCAGUGUGAACAGAGCAUUAUAUUGGAUUCACACAACCUGGCCACAUACAGUACCCCACGAGUCAGCUUUGUCUCACCUCGCUUCCACCGGACCUCACGCUGUACAUGCAGUGAUGACAGUUGUUCUGUCCUGUCAGAACAAUGUGAGGACCAACCCUGUCCACCAGACAUGCAAUGUGUUUCAAUAGAGGCCAAUAGAGGGCGUUAUGCAUGCCAGUGUCCACAAGGGAAGCUUGGAGAGUGUGCAGGACAUUCGUCUUUGAGUUUCUCAGGUAACAGCUACAUCAAGUACAGACUGUCCGGCCAGCUGCAGACAGAGCUGAAACUCAGCCUGAGGAUCAGAACACUACAGAGCCAAGGAAUUAUCAUGUACACACACACUGAGCCCUGCACUGUGCUUAAGUUGGAGGAGGGGAAGCUGUGGUUCCAGUUGGCUUGUGGCCUUGGUGGAAGUGGAGACAGUCCUGACAUGCUGGGCAUCUCGGGUCGCCGUAUAAAUGAUGGGAACUGGCACGCAGUGGCACUGGAGCUGAAUCGCAACUUCAGCAGCUUGGCGCUUGAUGACAGCUAUGUCGAACAACGGCGUGGACCAUCAUUUGUACAUACACUACCUACAACCAUCUACUUUGGAGCACUGGUGCAGCCCCCAAACUCUCGUAGCCUCGUGGAAUCCCAGAAGGACCCGUGGGUGCUUGAUGGUUUCCAAGGUUGCUUGGACUCUGUCAGGCUGAAUAACAAUGAGCUGCCAUUACAGAACAAACGUUCACACUAUGCAGAGGUGGUGGGACUGACAGAGCUCAAACUGGGCUGCAUUCUCUACCCUGAUGCAUGUCUGCAGCAACCAUGCCACAAUGGAGCUACUUGUACCAGUCUGCCCUCUGGUGGGUUCUCAUGCAGUUGUAACCCACAGUACACUGGAGGGCACUGUGAGAUGGAGAUAACGGCAUGUGUUCCCAACCCUUGUCAGAACGGUGGUGUGUGUAAGCCCAUUGGCAAUGCAUUUCUCUGCAGCUGCAGGAGAGGCUUCAGGGGUCUGGUUUGUGAGGAAGAUGUGAACGAAUGUGACCGCAGCAAUCCAGAGGGAGAGUGUGAGAAUGGCGGCACCUGCAUCAACACUCACGGCUCCUUCUACUGUAACUGCACGGCGGGCUUUGUGGGUCAGCGCUGUGGCCUGAGGCCUGUCGUUGUCCCCGACAUGCAGGCUGGUCAUGCUGUGGUUGGUAGGGAGGAGCUGAUUGGCAUUGCUGUGGUACUUUUUGUCAUCAUCACCCUCAUCAUCCUCUUCAUUGCUUUCCGCAAGAAGGUUUUCCAGAAGAACUACUCGCGGAACAACCUGUCUCUGGUGCAGGACCCAGCCACUGCAGCACUCCUUAACAAGGCCAAUGGUGUUCAGUUUAAGACCUUACACUGCACACCAGGAGACUCUCUCAACCUGUAUUCAGAGCCGGGUAUGGGGUCUGCCAUGUUGGGAGGGGCAGGGAUGAUGGGACCUCCACAGGUCCCUGUGAGACCCAUGGCAUACACCCCCUGUUUCCAAGGAGACCCACGUUCCACACUAGAGAAGAUGGCAGAUGGGCGCAGUGUGGAACAUACAGAGAUGAGCACCUUUCACCCUGAGUCACCAAGGAUCCUGUCAGGAACCACCAGGAGAGGGGUGGUGGUAUGCAGCGUGGCCCCCAACCUCCCACCAGUGUCACCUUGCCGCUCAGACUGUGACUCUAUAUGCAAGAGCCCAUGGGACAGUGAUGAGUGUAAGGUGGUUGACAUGGCAGAAGAAGUAACAUGCUUCUCAGGAAGCAACAAAGGCAGUAACUCAGAGGUCCAAUCACUGAGCUCCUUUCAGUCUGACUCUUGUGAUGACAAUGCCUCCAUAGUGACCGUCAUUCGACUGGUAAAUGAUGCAGUCGACACAAUCGAAAGUGAAGUGUCAGAUAUGGACCAAGGUCAAACCUACAAUAGAGCAUAUCACUGGGACACAUCAGACUGGAUGCCAAGCACCAGGCUGUCAGACAUUGAAGAGGUGCCAGGCUAUGAGGCAGGUCAUGGGACUGAAGUAGCAGGCUCAACCCCUUGUCUUAGUGGAAGUACUCGUGAACUGGAGUCAGAUUACUAUCUAGGAGGAUAUGACAUCGACAGUGACUAUCUCCCUCCUCACGAAGAAGAGUUUUUGAGCCAAGACCAACUGCCACCUCCACUGCCCACAGGUGAGGACUAUUCUGAGCCCUACACACCACUUCCCACCAAUACAUCAGUCUCCAAGGAGAGCAUGCUGAGCUCUGGCAGUACUGGACAUCAGCAUGCCAGGCCAUACUUUCACCCUAGCCAGUAUCUACCUCCCCACCAAUUACCCAUUGGGGAGGCACCUCAUGAAGUCUUCAGCACUUCAAUGAGUGGCCUAACACCGGGAAACGGGGACACCGAUGACUCUGUGUCACUAAAUAUCCGACUGUCUGUUGGUGCAUCAUCAGCCUCGGACAUGUCAGCCCCCUGCGGGCUGGAUGACUCUGAACAUGGCAGUGACUUUGACAGUAUGGAUGAGCUUCAUCGAGGGGUGACCAUUAUCACUGACUCACAACAACAGACUGAGGUGUGAUUGGUUGAACAGUGCAAGGGUGCUAUUAACAGCCAGAGGGAACAUAUUAGUUGUGAAGCUAGAAGACGCAAAGGAUUAUGCUAUCACUGGGCAGGAUAUGUGUUUUCAGCAUUCCUUGUCUCACUAGGUACUGCUACAGCUAUAUACUGUACUUUAACAAUGAUGUUUAAACCACAUUUCACCACCGCCCCCUCACUGAACUAUGAGCUUAAUCGAGUUGUCAGUGCUGACUGCACUAUGUAGAACAGUCAGGAGUGACUUUCCUAUUAUAAUAGGAAUUUACUUAAAAAAGUGAAAAGAAUGGGACACAGAAUGUGAAUAUGAAAGACAAAGAAAUAAAUUACAUAAUCACACAGAUGUGGUAGACAGACUAAAAAACAAAAAAAAGAAAGAGAGGGGACAAUGAUAUAAGUGAGACAUUUGUAUGGUUUCUUGGUCAUUGGACCAUUUUUUUUCUAUUAAAACAAAACAAAAAAAAAAAAA